CCCACUGCGGCAGCGGCGGGCGGAGCACGGAGGGUGAGGAGAGGGGGAGCCCUGAGCGGGUCUACGAUCCACAAAACACGAUCGGGUGUUUCGUUCUGAGGAUACCAAGAACCCGUGGGAGUGCUCAGCCUGCUCCCGUCCACUGCCGUCGCUCCAGCCGCCCCGCAGCUGCCAGGAAUCCCGAUUCCAGAGGCCUUUCCCUCCCCAAGGCUGAGGAGGACCUGCCUUCCCCUGAGUGAGUGCCCGAGAAACUGCAUACCACCUCCAGAUGGCUGGAUCAGGUAGAGGAAGAGGACGUGCUUCAUUUACCUUCAACACUGAGGCUAUUGGAUUUGGUAAAGGUGCAGCUCUACCUGAUGUCAUCUGUAAACCACCACCACCAUUUCCAAGUACAGACAAUAAGCCAGUGCCUCUGAAAACAGGAGAAGAUGAAGAUUAUAUGUUGGCCUUAAAGCAAGAUCUUAGAGAAACUAUGAAAAGAAUGCCAUACUUUUUGACAGUAGAAGAAGAACAUCAAGCAGUUGAGAGGUACAGUCAAAAGUACCAGGACAGUGAAAAGGAGCAGAAAACAUGGACUCCAGAUUGGAGAAGACUCCCAAGAGAGAUGAAACAAAAGAAGACAACCAAAAAAGGUGCAAAAGCAAAAAAGGCAAAAAACUUUGAGCCUAAAAGUAAUCUGGAUGUGAUAAAAAAAAUUGAGGAGUUGGAAAAGAAGGAUGAUGAAGAGGAAAAAUCUGAAGAUGAGAAAGACAAAACAAAAGACAAAGAAGAUGAAGAUGAUGAAGAAGCAGAAGAACCAGAGGAAAAUGAUGAAGAGGAACAUGAAGAGGAAAAUGACUACAUUUCCUCCUAUUUUGACAAUGGAGAUGACUUUGGUGCUGCCAAUGAUGACAGUAUGGAUGAAGCAACAUACUAACUGCGGUUGCUAGGUGCUACACUGCUCAAGCAUUACACUACUUGAAGUAGAAUUCUGGAGGUAGGCUAAAUAUCAACAGACCUAAUGCUUUAGCUCUGUUGGUUUUAAGCAGACUUUCCAAAACCACGUCUGAGUUUAAUGGUACUAUGAUGUAAAAAAAGGAUAUGAGAUCCUUUGUUUUGUUCUUUUGCCAAAUGUUUUGCACCUUUUUAAGCUCUUCUGGAAUGCCUUCUGAUGAAGUAAGCUAUAUGCCAUUGUGUUGCCUCUGCACAGAAGAAGAAUGUAUGCAUUUUACUUGAAAUUGUGCCUAAGCAUUUGCACUAGUCAGUUCUGUGCCUCAGCAGUGAAAUCUUGAAACCAGUAAUGAAAUUCUUGAUGACUUCAGCAAAAGAGAUAUGGCCUUUAUGGACAUAAACUGCUUGCAUUUGGCAGCUGACUUCUCUGAAAAAACUUAUGUAACUUUUGAGUUCAGGUGACUGAAAAUAAUUGAUGACUAAGCACUUUAAUAUAAACUGACUUGAAAAAAACUUAGAAAUAUAGACAAACAACAAAGUAAUUUGAAAAGCCAUUACUGUAGUUAGAAGAAUACAUUGGCUUUAGUAUUUUGGUAAAAUGUAUUACAUUACCUUCAUGAACCUACAUAAGUCAUAAUUAAGGAAAAUUUGAUUUUAAAAGAGUAUGUGGCAAAAGUUGGAAAAAUUACAGAAUCCUGGUUUCACGAAUUAAUGAAAAUUUCAGUCCUUUGCCUCCAUUUCUCCACCUGUUAGACUUUCUUACCUCACAGAGCUGUUAAGUGAGAAGGCAGAUGAUAUGUAUCUAUGUAAUUGUUAAUGCAUUUCUUUACUUCCUACAGAACAAAAAAGACACAGAGAGCAAAUCAAUAGAAAAUAAAACCCCAAAAUAAAAGAAUGUGGUGCAAUAUUUUAAUGCAUGAGGUUUUAAUUAGAAAAAUAAAGGAAGAAUGCUAAGAUUAGCAAAACCAGAAUGUUUGGAAACAUCAAUUCUAUUUAAGAACAAAAGCUGAAGUGUUGAAAACUUAUUACUGAGUUUAAAUAGUACAGUAACAGAGCAUUCUUUGUGUCACUUUUGAUGGUACAAAAUAUUAUUGGUCAGUGUUAUUACAUUACUAUUGAUUGUUGUGGGGGGUUGUUUUGUU